GACAGAAUAUUCGACGUGACCGAUAUUAAUGCCGAGAUAGAGAGAGCCAAGUCGACCCUGGAGGCGGCUGAUACCGCUUUUCAGCGACACGCCGUCAAGUUCGACAACGACGACGAAUUCGAGGAGACUCUCUCCUUGGCCCAGCGUAUCGAGAGAAACCGGAAGUUGGCCGCCAUAGAUCCGAUCGAGAAGCCGAAACUUCCGCCUCCGGUGGUUAAGUGGUCAAGAUACCCGGAAACGGAUGAAGAGCCAACGCGUAACAAAGCCAUGCAGACUCGACAAGCGCGAAUUAAUUCUCUAAUUGCGGAGAACGCCAUGACCGACAAUGCGCCUCCACCCCAGAAGGGAGGGUCCUUCUUAAAAAGAAAGAAGAGCGUCUCCUUCUAAAAAAGGCCGACGGUUGCUCCUAGGAAAGUGUUCGAGCAAACCGGCGGACUCGGCGAGAGCGUCUAUCCUCGCCAUUUUCGACAUUACGUCUUUAUCGAUGUAAAAAACCUUCUUUUCUGGCUACUUGCUAGAAGAAAAAAUACCAGAUUACUAGGCUGUCUAGAGAUCGGGGUUUUUAAUACAUUUUGGUUAAUUAAUCUAACGAUAAGUUCAAAGUUGUUAAGGUGAAGUGAAACCCCCCUCGGAUCAGUCGGUUCGAA